UCAGUUCGGCUACUUCCGGUGUGCACCCUUUGGAAGAGUCCGACUUCAGAAGCUCCGCAAGUUAACUAGAAAGUGUUUUGACGAUUCGACGUCGGGUUUAUUCAACUGUAUGUCGACGUUAAAAUUAAAUUAACCCUUAGAGCAUGUCGUACAUAGAGUGGGCUGAGUCGCAGCUCGCUGAGGUAGAGCUGCUAACCAGCAUGUUUCCCGGUCCGGACGAGCUGGAGCUCACCGACCAGCUGGCUCUGGCUGACCUCAGGAGCUACGUGGAAAAGUCGGUAUCUGGUGACAAGCCUCCUCCCUCCAGGCCCCAGUUUUUCAUCAAACAGAGGCUGGACUCAUCAGGCAUGAAUGGGACAGAGUUUAUUCUGUCCUGCGCCUAUCCGUCUGAAUACCCCAGCAUGUUACCUGAUGUAACAAUAAGGUGUUCAGCCCUUAGCAGGGCCCAGCAAACAGAGAUCCAGACAGAUCUUAAUAAAUACCUCAUGGGACACUGCCUGGGAGAACUGUGCGUGCUCGCUGCCGUGGACUGGGUGAAAGAAAACCUGGAGCAUUUCAUUAAGAAGAGCUCAUUAGCGGCACCGGCUCCCAAGGUGGAGUCUGCUUCUCCAGCCUCACAAGAGGUGUUUAGCCGACUGUGGAUCUACAGUCACCACAUCUACAACAAGUCAAAGAGGAAGAACAUUCUGGAGUGGUCAAAGGAGUUGGGCCUCUCAGGAUUCAGCAUGCCCGGCAAGCCUGGCAUUGUGUGUGUUGAAGGUCCUCAAUCAGCCUGUGAGGAGUUUUGGUCCAGAGUGAAGGUUCUGACAUGGAAGAAGAUCAUGAUUCGACACAGAGAGGAUGUUACCCUUAAUCGCCCAGGCGAGGACGGCGAGAGAGUUGAGAGUAUGGACUCCCUGCGCAAAUUCACAGGCUUUGAAGAGGCAAUGUUUGACCCUCAUGGGAACAGAGGCAAUCACAUGGACCUUGGACAGCUCUACCAGUUCUUAAACGAGAAAGGCUGCUGUGAUGUCUUUCAGAUUUAUUUUGGCAUUGAAGGCAGGUAGCAGUCAAUGUCAGAGCACAGCUUGUGAUUAAAGUCGUAUAAAUUGACCAGAUUUUUGUUUCUUAAAGAAUCUUCAAUGAUAAAAAUACACAAGGAAUCAUUCUUAAAUUAUAAAGGUUGUGUACUUAUUUUAUAAUAAUUUAGUUCUCUCCCUAAAAGAAACUUUAGGAUGAUGUUUCCUCUAAGGUUUGGUGAGUUUUAUUUUAUUUUUUUAUUUCACUUCUUCAAGUCACACUUUGCCCUAUGUGCUUUUGUCUUCAAAAGGCAUAAGUGUUUCUAUUAUGGAGUUUUUAAUUGUAAUACAAAAUAAUCAAGAACUGUUUAUGGGACGUCUGUGUUCUUUGGAAUCGCUUUUCUUCACAAAGAAUUAAAAUUACAGCAGCCGUU